CUUGCGCAGUUGAAGACGAUUCUUUUCGUGAUAGUUGUAGCUGACUAUAAAUACAAUUAAUGUAAUGCCCAUUAAAUGUGCUUUAUAUUGACAAUAAAUCAUGUCCAUAUCAUAACGUUAUGGGACUUAAGAACAAAAGAUCAAUUAACAGACUACAUGAUUACUGUUGAACAGUGAUUUUGGUAGUAUCCCAUGAUCCUCCGCUUUAUUUUGUCUUGUAGCUCAGGGAGAUGAGAGGGCUGACACAACCUUGUUCUCUUUCGACCUAGGAGCAAUCAGCCGCAACAAUGACAAUGUUAGACAUUUACAAACGGACCUAAUAUAAACUGGCAUCCGAAGGAAACUACUGGCUUUGUAAAUAAUCGACGCCAGGGUGAUAUUAUUAGGUCUACAGCACUGUGAGUGAGUGUGUUUGAGCGCGUGCGGGCGUGUGUGUGUGUGUGUGAGUCAGCCAUGGCGACCGCGAGCCUGGAGAACCAGCUGCAGAGCGCGCAGAAGAACCUGCUCUUCCUCCAGCAGGACCACGCCAACACGCUGAAGGGCCUCCACGCAGAGAUUCGCCGCCUGCAGCAGCACUGCACAGAUCUGACGUACGAGCUGACAGUGAGGAGCUCUGAAGACACGGAUGACGGGGAGGCACGCUGCAGGGAGCUGCGUCAGAAGUGCGAGGAGCUGGAGGAGCAGCUGAAGGCCAAGGAGGAGGAGAACGCCGAGCUCCUGAGGGAGCUGGAGCAGAAGAACGCCAUGAUCUCGGUGCUGGAGAACACCAUCAAGGAGCGGGAGAAGAAGUACCUGGAGGAGCUGAAGAUGAAGAGCCACAAGCUGGCCGUGCUGUCGGGCGAGCUGGAGCAGAGGGCCAGCACCAUCGCCUACCUCACCUCCCAGCUGCACGCCACCAAGAAGAGGCUGCUGGCCGGGAGCUCCUCGGAGACCAGCCCCAACGUCAGCCCCGUCAGCUCCUACAAGCCGUCGCCGCCGCCCGCCAAGGAGCGGCAGCCGCAGGCGCAGCCGGACACGCCGCGCCGGCGCAUGAAGAAGAGCCUGUCGCAGCCGCUGCACUCGGAGUACGCCGAGCUGUACCGCCUGGGCGCCGACGGGCGCCGGCUGGUCCUGCGCGAGCCCGUGGACGCCAUGCCCGACCCCACGCCCUUCCUGCAGGCGCGCGAGAUGGCCGCCGAGGCCCAGGCGCCGCGGGAGCGGCCGGCCGUCAUCCCGCCCAUCGCCUGCGAGCGCCCGCCCCCCGCCUCCUCCGCCAGCCCGCGCCACAGCCCCGCCCGCGACCGAGACCGCGACCGCGACCGCCAGCACCGGACCCACGUGGGCGUGGCCCACCGCAUCCACCACGUGGCCCCGCCCCCCGCCCCGCCGGAGCUGGAGACGCUGGCCGUCGACCAGGUGAGCGCCGACAAGGUGGUGAGGAAGCGCUCGGGCGCCGACAGAACAGUGUGACUGACGGCCCCGAGCCCCGCCCACGAGCCCAGACCCCGCCCCCGCAAGCUGCUUUAUAUGCAACACUCGGACGAGCAAAGAGAACCGACCGGAAACGGACACCAGUUUGGAAAAGAAAGACACUUUUGUUCACGUUCCUCCUUAAAGACUUGUUUUCCCGUGUAGAAAAGGACCGAGCAUGCCAAAUCCCCCCCUUUCGUUUAUCCUUUUCGUUCUUUCCGAACCCAUGUGACUUUAUCCAUCCCACUUCCUGUUUUGCUUGGUCUUUAAGCGAACCCUUACUGACACGAUGCAAAAAAUAAAUAAUCACAGCCAAAUGUCAGCAUUAUUGCCUGCUAAUUUGAUGCACUCCGGAUACAUGCACAUACAUAUUCAUGAAUGCCACAGCAAAACCAUAUCACCAUAUCUCAUCCUGCAGUGACCCCGGUCUAUGGCUCAGUCCACUCAUAUAGCGUAAGUCUCAAUAACUCUGCGUAGGAACUUACAGCCACAUGUUAACCAAGUGUUUACUAAUUAAACUUGUUCUUCUCAAAUGUUUUUUUUUUCCUCUCUCUUCCUGUAAUCUCAAUGCAUAUACUGUACUAUAGGACAGGAUCCCAGGUCUGUGAAUAAUUUAACUGAAUCGGUGACAAAGCCUUCCCAGCAGCUGCAGUGUGUGUGUGUGUGAGAGAGAGAGAGAGACUGAGUGAGUAUGAGUGUAUGUGUGCACGUGCGAGUGCACGCAUUCCUGUGUGUUCGUAUGUACAUGUGAGGGUGUGUGUUCGUGUGUGUAUAUGGAAGUGAGAGACUUUGUGCAUGCGUGCGAGCGUGUGUGUGUAGAUGUGUCUGUAUGUGAGUGGUACAGGACUGAUGAAAUGUCAAGGCUGAGGCAAGGGCAUUUUUGUGACCAUAUUAAUAUAUUUGUUUCUUUUUGAUUUUGUAAUACAUCCUGUAACAUAUAAAAAAUGGCAACGUAUUGUGUUUCAAUUUGUUUGUUCAAUUGUAUUGACAGAGAACCAAAUACACAUUUUAAAAAAACAAUUUUAACUUUUGUUUAUGCACUUUUUCUAUGGUUUUAUCUCACAUGCAAUGUUUAGCCUCCCAGUGCUCCGGACAUAUUGUAAUCCACACACUGUUGCACUGAACACCUCUUACGGCAUGGCCAUGCUAACUGGUUUAUAGCAGAACCUUCUAUCAUGAUGGACUGACUUUUAUUCCUCUUUCUACUGUAUUUCACCUGUGCACCCUUCUUAGUCUCCAUCCCUCUAUUUCUCUGUCUUUUUCUUUCUCUGUCCUCUUUUUGUUUCUGUCCCCUCCUCUUUGUAUUUCUCUUCUUUGUCGCUCUUUCUUCCUCCCUACCUUCCUCUCUCUCUCUCUCUCUCUCUCAUACACACAGAUGCAGAAUGCUGUUAGUAGAAGUGAGUUAUAAAGCAGCACAUUUUGCUUUUGUGCUCUUUAUUGUGUCCCAUUUAUCAUUAUUAAUAUUCUGCUCACUAUGGUGCUCAGUUUUGAAACAGACCACCUGUUCCCUGGGAGCUCAGCGGUGAAGUUGGUACUUGAUGGAUACCUUAUAGCCAAGCAGAAAUAGCAUGCUUCAUUUCAUUGUGGUGGGGUGGGGGGUUUGUUUCUAUACAGGCAAUCGCAAAGAGGCUACCGGGAUAGUUUAAUAUUAGAGGUGAUCUGCAUUGGUAUGAUGGAGCCCAGCUAUCUGCGGUCUUUGCUUCAGUGACUGAGAAAAAUAAAAAGCCUGAAGGCCUCAUUUAA